GUCCCUGAACUGGUCAGCCCCUGGCCACUGACCACACCGUAAUGAUGCGUCCUGAUCACCAGAACCGGGAUCUCACGCCGAUGAAUUAGAAAAUCAAUAUAAUCCCUUCGUCCCCGCACCCAAACCCCUGCGUAAGCAAUUCUCCGCGGACAUAGCAACACCAACCAACCCUCAACACCACACCCACAACCAUCACAAGAGCAAAAGAGAAAACAAUGGCCGACACCCUAGAUUACCCCAAAGCCCUGAUCCUCAAAGACUCCGGCGGCAGCAGCGCCCAAGGCUCGCGCCCCUCCCAACAAGACAAGUACACGAUUCUGUCUCCCGAGGAGUUCUGGAGUAAGAACGACCAGUUGGCGCUGUUUGCGGUUUACGAUGGACAUGGAUCGAGUAAAGUUGCGAUACACGCUAGGGAGAAUAUUCCGAAGUACAUCAAAGAGAGCGCCGAGCUGGAGACGGGCGACUAUGAGGGGGCUAUUACAGAGGCGAUUCGCAAGGAGGAGCAGCAGUUGUUGCAUGAGUUCUGGGAGGGAGAGGAUAAGCAUGCGUUGGCGGGCACGACGAUGGCGCUUUGUUUGGUGAAUCUGACGCGUGGGGUUCUGGUCGUGGCGAAUGUGGGGGAUUCCGAUGUCAUGCUGGGGGAGGAGCGGGAAGGGGCAGAGAUGCAGGUGACGCGGUUAUCGACGACGCAUAAGCCGGAGAGUGAUGGAGAGAAACAUCGCGUGGAGUUGGCGGGUGGGAGUGUCAAUUCCGAAAGCGGCACGGCGAGAGUGGGGACGCUGAAUAUGUCUCGCGCGCUCGGAGAUCUACGCUACAAGAAUCCCCUCAAUAAUAUGACCGAGAGGGGCAAGAUGGCCGGCCACGAGGGCGAGAAUCCCGGCAACAGCAAGAGUCGAGGGGACUUCAUCUCCAGCGAACCAGCCCUCAACCGAGUCGAACUCCAGGCGGAUCGCCGGUAUCUGCUGGCGCUGCUGUCGGAUGGCGUGACCAAUGUCCUGGAUGACGCGGCAAUCAUCAACCGGAUCUCGGAGUUGAAGCAGUCGGGCUUCAAUGCAAAGCGCGUCGCUGAGAAUCUCACCGAGGGGACGACCGUCUUGCCCGGGAGCGAUAAUGCGACGUGCGUGACAGUCUUCCUGGAGGGGCCCAAGUUCGAUCUAUGCCAUUGCACCCCACUCAAAAUGUUUGAAAAUAUUGUCACGCCGCAGCUGAGAGUCCGGCAACAACUCCCUCCGCCCGCGUUCGGGACAUUGGCCACGAGCAACAUCAUCGAUAUACGGGCGGACAAGGGUGAGACCCAGCUGCGGCAGUCUCUGCAAGAGACCAUCGAAGCCGCAUGUCAUGGCAAGGCGGCCAUGCCAGACUUGCUGCUCUGGGAUGAGCAAGGGCUGCGAUAUUUCGAGGAUGUGACCUAUUCCCCGUCAUACUACCUGACCAACGAGGAGAUCGGACUCCUGGAAAAGCACAAGUAUCAGAUCGCGGAGCGGAUUCCGUCCGGUAGUAUGCUGGUUGAAUUAGGCAGUGGCAACCUCCGGAAAGUGAAGAUUCUUCUCGACGCGUUGGAUGAGCUCGGCCAUGAAGUGGACUAUUUUGCCCUGGACGUCUCUUUCACAGAGCUCCAGCGCACACUGAGCAUGGUGCCGCCCGGUAUCUUCCGCCACGUGCGUUGUUUUGGUCUUUUGGGCACCUACGACGAUGGCCGCGAGUGGCUCCAGCAGUCAGACAUCCGCUCGCGUCCGAAAACGAUCCUCUCCCUCGGCUCUACCCUAGGAAGCUUCCAGCGGGCCGACGCUGCCGGCUUUCUGGCUAGUUUCGUGCACACGGAAGCAGGCAAAGGGAGCAGCCCUUCUUUCUUGAUCGGGUUGGACGGGUGCAUGGACAGGGAACGGGUGCUAGCGGCGUACAAUGACCCCGAGGGAGUCAAUCGUCGGUUCAUCAAGCACGGACUCGAAAGGGCGAAUGAGGCUCUGGAGCGUGAGGCGUUCGAGCUUGACCGAUGGGAUGUGGUUGGUCAUUGGGACGCGGAGAAUGGCAGCCACGAUCAAUUCUAUUUCCCGACCGACAGUGUUAGCCUUGCGGGUGCGACGAUACCGGCUGGGAGGAGAAUACUUGCGGUACAGAGCCACAAGUACGAUGCUGAGGAUCGCAAUACGCUCUGUCGCCGGGCAGGGUUGGAGGAGGUCGAUGGCUGGGCAUCGGGGAGUCAGUAUCAUUUGCUGUUUCUGCGCAGCUGAUAGAGCGUUGGUAGACAGGGGGUAUCCUUGUUAAUAGUUGACUUAGAUCAUGCGAUGGCUGAUAUGUGAGCAUUAUAUGGC